GAAAUUCUGUGGUUAUUGGAUUUACAACAAGGCAUAUAUUGCAGUGGGACUCCUGAGGGAUCAGCCAACUGUUUCUCCAGGGAGAAGAGGCAAGGAGCAGCUCAGCUGCCUGUUCUGAGACUCUGCUUCAAGAUAAGCUCUUGCUCCUUUCUCAAUAUUGACUCCAAUAUUUCAAGUGUUUCCUUAGCUUUGGAAUAAAGAGAUCAGACAAAGUGUAGGCUGGAGUUGCUGAGCUCCACCAUCUGCCUUCCAUGGAGAAAUGAGAGGUUAUGCAUGCACUGAAUUGUGCAGCUCUUUCACUUUUUGUAUUAAGGAGGGCAAGGACAGAAGGCUCGAUUUGGGAGAGAAAUUCAAACCAAGUCACCUGGAAAAUUCACACCAUAAUGUUGACUAAGAAUCAGGAGGGGUGAGGUGUGGUGCUGAGCUUAUGGACUACCAAAAUUCCACCCAUGACCUUGCAAAAAACCUCUGGCAAACAUAGGUGCGGGCUACACUCCUGGGCAAACUUAGUCUGAAACCAUGUGUGGGAGAUGUUACAAGUCUUCCUUCCAGGAGAUCAUAUAUAAACAGCCAGUCUCAGACUGCAGUAGAGACAUUUCAAAGUCCUCUGCCACUCUGGGGCUGGGAGCAGAGUCCUGAGCCCAUAUUUCCCACGGGGAGCAAGAGCCCUUCACCUGAAAUCCUCUCGUGAUGCUGUGGCUGCUGCUGCUGCAGGUCUGGGUGAGCUGCCUCUGGCUGGGACACGGCGAGGUGGUGAAUUCCUUUGCAAGUUGUCCUCAGUUCUUCUAUGGUGACACCCCCCCAGAUGCAGCAAUGAAGCCAGAGAACCCAGCCUGGAUCUGCCAGACCUUAAACCACCAGCGUUUUUUUGCCACCUUGUACGACAAAAAGAGGCGUAUUCCCAUGUACUCUGCUUAUAAAUACGAGCCUGGAAGGCUCACCACAAACCACACAUGGACAGUUGAGCCCCAGCUGAUACGUUCAAAUUUGUCCAAAAACAUGCAAACAGUGCAGACCCUUGAACAUCAAUACAACAUCACCAAAGCGCAAAUCAUGCAAAGCCAGGCUGUCAACAGAGACUAUGAGCACAGUGGUUGGGACUGUGGCUAUUUGAACCCAAAUGGCCACCACAACACCUUGGACAGCAGGAAUGCGACCUUCACCCUCACUAACAUAGUGCCCAUGAACGAAAAACUCAGCCGAGGUGCCUGGAAAAACUACGAGCAGCAAACGAUGGCCAAUAAAAGCAAAGACUGUCAAACCACCUACGUCAUUGUGGGGGCUGUGCCUGGGAACUCCUCCAUCUCCAGUGGGAGGGUUAAUGUACCCAGCCACAUCUGGGCCAGUGCCUGCUGCAAGACCAAGAACAACACCAUGAGUGCUUGGGCAGCCAUUGCUGAGAACAACCAGGACCAGGUCUGGGACCUCACUCUGGGGCAGCUGGAGAACAGUUUGGCCCAGCUGUAUGGAAUGCAAAAUAUUUCUCUCUUCCACAGUUCCUGUCCCCGUACAAACCCCUCACAUUCUGGGUGUAAAAGGCUCAGGGGCUUUUCUCACAUAUCACAAUAUCACAGAAUGCUUUGAGUUGGAAGGGACCUCAAGGAUCAUCCAGUCCCAACCCCCCCUGAAAUAUAGCAGGGACACUAGACCAGGUUGCUCAAAGCCAUGUCCAGCCAAGCCUUGAACACCUCCAGGGAUGGGGUAGACACAGCUUCUCUGGGCAACCUGUGCCAGGGCCUCACCACCCUCAUAGGGAAGAAUUUCUUCCUGAUAUGUAGUCUGACCCUGCCCUCUGCCAGUUUAAAGCCAUUCCACCUUCUCCUCUCAGUCCAUGCUCUUGUUCCUCUCCAGCUGUCCCAGAGACCCCUUAGAUACUGGAAUGGGAUCUAAAUUCUCCUCAGAGCCUUCUCCAGCUGAACACCCACAGCUCUCUCAGCCUGUCUCCAGAGCACAGGUGAUCCAGCUCUCAGAGAACCUUCGUGGCCUCCUCUGGACUCCACCCCAACUGGUUUGUGUCCUUCUCUUGUUGUGGGCCCAGGGCUGGAGACAGCACUGCAGGUGGGGUCUCAUGAGAGCAGAGGAGAGGGGGACAAAUGUCCUGUGCAGUGUCCAUCCUGCUCCCUUCUCUGGUGGGUUUCCAGCUCUGUCCCUCAGGGCAACUCCUCCUCCUGCUCUGAUAAAAGGGAGAAGGAGGUGGGCAGAGCCUCCAGCUGGUUUGCUUUGCUGCCCAUGCUGGCAGAGAUCUCCUAGGGAUGAGUCCUUGCCCUGGCAGUCUGGAGGGAACAGCUGGACAAGAGCCCAUGGACAAGGAAAUCAGAGCUUCUCAGUGAGACCAGAAGGGCUUUGCCUUGUUUCCCUUUUGCUCCAUGCCCAGAGACAGGUCUUAGUUCCAUCCUCUCCUCAUUAGCUGUCCCUCAGAGUGUGCUGCUGACUUGUCCCUCCCCUCCUUAGGAAGGCUGUGGGAUGAGGGUGGCUCAGGUUGCCCACAGGUGUUGUGGAGUCUCCAUUGUUGGAGGGACUCAAGCCUCAAGUGGACAUGAUCCUGGACAACCUGCUCUAGCUGAGCCUGCUUGAGCAGGGGUCUGGACUAGGAGAUCUUGAGAGGUCCCCACAAACCUCAACAAUGCAGUGAUUCUGUGAUGCUGGGAACCAGAUUUUGUUUGCUUGCUUUUGAAACCUGCACCUUGUAGAAGCAGGAGCUGAGGUCUGAGAUAGGCAGGCUCAGGCAUCAGAUCUACAGGAAGCUUUGACCAGUCAGAGAUAAAUUUCUUUCUGUAAUACACUGCUUGGAUAACUUCAUUCUCUGCUGUGCUUCUGAACCUUUUCUGCAGAUUUAUGGCUAAAGGAUUUUGUGACAUGUAUUCAGUGUAUUCAGUAUAAUCAAUGUAUUCAACGUGUCAAUCAAAAGAUCAUUGUGUGCUAGAUCAUGUAGUUCCUGAGUAGUUCACAAUAAAAAUCAUUUGUUCCA